AUGAUGACAUCCUUCUCAACAUCCAGAAGAUCAGAAUUUAUAUAUUUUUUCGCGUUUGCUUUCGUAUCACUAACAUCUCUACAUAAAACUGAAGGAGAAAGAAUAUUACUGAAGGAUGUGACGGUUAUUUCUUUGUAUCAAAACCAAAUGACUACUGCCAGAAGAUUGACACCAGUUCCUCAAUUGAAAUGUAUUGGAGGGUCGGCUGGCUGUUAUGCUUUUGUGCCAAAACAAGUCCAUUGCUACAACAAAGGCUUGGAUGGCAACAAUGUCCUAUGGGAUUGUAAAACAAACAUGGAUAAAAAAUACCGUUUCGGACACCUCGCUAUAUCCUGCGAAGGCUUCGAUUAUUCUGAUGAUCCUUAUGUAUUGGCCAACUCUUGUGGUCUGGAAUACACUAUAAAUAACAGCGUUGAGAAUAAUAAUCGGGAAUAUGAAGAUUCCCGAUCAGAUCCGGCAUUCGAUUUUUUAUGUAUCGUUUUGUUUGUGUUAUUAGCUAAAAUGGUUUACAGUUGGUAUCCGAAUAUCUUUUCCACGUCCAAAAAUAAUAAGAAUAGUUCGAAUUUAGAUAAACAUACAAAUACUCCAAAACCACCGCUCAUCGCAACAGCUUCAGCAACGAAUAAAGUUCAACCACCUCUGCAACAUUUUCGUAAUUUUAGAAUUCGCCCCCAUCAAAUUUUAUCGUGUGUGAUCAGACCCGCCAAACACGGCAUGAAUCGAAAUCCCAGACCUGAUGCGUAA